AUGCAUUUUGCUGCCUUGCUUCUGGCUCCGGCUUUGGUCGCUGCAUCUUCCAAUAUCCCAUAUGAGCAGUAUAUUUUGGCUCCGGAAUCUCGCGACUUGAUCCCACCGUCUGUCCAUAGUGUCAACGGCUCUGUAACUAGAGCGAAGUCCCUUACACAAUCGUCUGGCGGUGAGGCCACAUUCUAUGGUGUUUCAUCCGUGACCUACGACUUCGGUAAGAAUGUGGCAGGCCUCGUGUCUCUUGAUGUACGCUCAUCCUCGUCCUCAUCUGCAUUCUUGGGUGUCACAUUCUCCGAGUCAAGUCUAUACAUCAGCAACCAAGCAAGCGAUGCCACCGCUGACGCUGGCUUGGACACUCCUCUAUGGUUCAACGUCGGCAAGGGUGCCGGAGAUAACACCACAGCCACCGUAUCGCUCAAAAGCCUUCGCGUGAAGUUCACCGCAGCCCCAGACCAGGACUUGCGUGCCUACACUGGGUACUUCCACUCGGAUGACGAGCUCAUUAACAAAAUUUGGUAUGCCGGUGCAUACACCAACCAGCUGGCCACUAUCAAUCCCAAGCACGGAAACUCGCUGGUGCACCUUGGUGCAAUCAGCUCCGACGACGAUAUUCAUCUUCCUCAGACUGAUACCUGGUGGAACAAUUAUACUAUCACUAACGGGAGCAGCACGACCACCGACGGUGCCAAGCGUGACCGUCUUGUUUGGCCAGGUGAUAUGUCCAUUGCUCUUGAGAGUAUUGCUGUCAGUACUGGUGAUCUGUACAGUGUCCGCACGGCGUUGGAAUCCUUGUUUGUCCUGCAGAAGUCUAAUGGACAACUUCCUUACGCCGGAAAAGGGUUCCUCCCGUCCGUGAGCUACACUUACCACCUGCACAGUCUCAUCGGUGCCUCUUACUUGUACCGUUUCUCAGGUGACAAAAUCUGGCUAUCCAACCACUGGUCACAGUACAAGCGCGGCCUGGAAUGGGCUAUCAGCAGUGUCGAUGAGACCGGUUUGGCCAACAUCACCUCGUCAUCUGAUUGGCUACGCUUUGGAAUGGGAGCUCAUAACAUCGAAGCAAACGCAAUCCUCUACUUCGUCCUCCAAGACGCCCAAUUCCUCGCAACCGAACUAAAUGAUAAGACGGCCCUAGCAUACUGGAGCAAAACAGCAACAAAACUGAAAAUAGCCGCCAACGAAAAGCUCUGGGAUGCCUCCAGCGGCCUCUACUUUGACAACGAAACUACAACGAUGCACCCGCAAGACGGCAACGCCUGGGCCAUAAAGGCAAACCUAACCCAAUCAACCGCGCAAGCCGUCCAAGUCUCAAACGCUUUAAAGUCCCGCUGGGGCAAAUACGGCGCACCAGCACCCGAAGCCGGCAAAACGGUUUCACCCUUCAUCAGCGGCUUCGAAUUGCAAGGUCACUAUCUUGCCAACAAACCCGACUCGGCCCUCGACCUCAUGCGUCUCGAUCUACUUUUAUUGAAGGCUAUUCAACAGAUGGAUCACUGCAUUAUGCGCCUUAUACGAAUGAUGCGCGCGUUUCGCAUGCGCAUGGUUGGUCAACCGGUCCGACAUAUGCGCUUACGGCUUAUGCGGCUGGUCGGCGACUUGACAUUUGUUGAUGCUGGCUUUGAGACUGCGAAAGGCAAGUUCUCAACCUCUUUCCGUGGCAAUGGGAAGGGUGUGGGCAAGUUUGCUUUUGUUACGCCUGCCAACACUACUGGUGAAUUUGUGCUUGCUGGUGCUAGGGGCAGUCUUGUUUCUAAGAGUGGCCAGCGGGUUAAGCUUGUUAAUGGCAAGGCUAGUGGGCUGAAGGGUGGCAGUUGGAAGUUGAGGAGUGACUAG